AUGAGGAAAGACGCCCUUGAACGAUCGGAGAAUAUGAAGCGUGAUGGUUUCACCAUCCGCUGCGACAUCAUGGUAUGCAGCGCGGAGGAUGACGCCGCUGGUGGCACUGCCCCGCCUCGCUACAUAUGCCAGCAUUUUAACACUCUCCUUGAAAGUAAGGUGGGUGCUGAUGUGACGUUCGAGGUCAGCGGCGAGACAUUCGCUGCACACCGGUGCGUGCUUGCUGCCCGGUCGACGGUCUUCAUGGCGCAGCUCUUUGGCCCCAUGAAGGAGGGCACCACGUCCAGUGUCAUACGGAUCGAAGACAUGGAGGCAAAAGUGUUCAGGGCUCUGCUUAGAUUCAUCUACACAGACUCUUUUCCUGAGAUGGAGAAGGAAGGCAUGCAGGAGGAAGCACAAGAUGUGGAACAAGGACAAGAAGAGGAUGAAAUGCGGCUGCAAUGGCUGCGAGGCUUAUUUACGGCGGCAGACAGAUAUGACCUCCAACACCUCAAGUUCAUCUGUGAAAAGCGGUUGUCUGAGGACAUAGGUGUGAGCUCGGUGGCGGCCACUCUUGUUCUGGCCGAGCAGCACGACUGCAGCGGGUUGAAGAUGGCGUGCUUCAAGUUUAUUCAAGCUCAAUCUUCCUCCUGUUUGAAAAGGUAUCAGAAAGAUGCAACAUAUGGGCAAAUUGUCUCUUUAUGGAAUGGAUGGUCUGCUAUUUCAGGUGUAGAACUGCAUUGCAGCCCUGUGCAAGUUCCCUAG